CAAAUUAGAAAGCUAGAAACACUUUGGGGGAAAGCAAGAAGGACUUUUUUUCUUUGCUUGCAGGUCCUGCUGUCUGCAACUACUGCCAGUUUUGGAGCACUCGAUCGUCCUUUGGAGAUUUUCCACUCAGUGCAGCAACGGCGUGGAGAGGAAACUGGAUAAAACAGACAUUUUGGUAGUAUUUCAGAUAAUUAUAGCAAAAAAAACCUAAUCACGAGCCAUACUUUAAGAUUAUUUGAGGCUACAUUCACACAGCAGGUAACAUAACUGCAUUAACAAACGCUUGCAUAAGAAAAAGGCGAAACAAUAAAUUUCUUGAUGAAAAAGGGUGUGUAAGGAAAAAGUAAAACAAUAUAUAUAUAUUUCCGCUUUUAGUUUUAAUUUUGGUCCUCCAUUCCAGUUCGGGGCGGUAAUGCACAUCUAAACCUUGCUUGCCAGCCGCCUUAAAAACAGAAGAAGAAGAAAAAGGGAAAACAUUCUCUGAGUGGACCCACUGGAGCGACAUGGCGGUCCCACAGUUUCUCUCUACGGCGGAGUUGAUCAAACAAGGAGCGGAAGCUCGCUUGUAUCGGGCAGAGUUCUUAGGAAGGCCGACAAUAAUCAAAGAAAGGUUUCCUAAACUCUACCGACAUCCAGAGCUGCACGACAAGCUGAACUCUCGCAGAACAGCUCAUGAGGUCCGCUCCAUCCUGCGCUGCAGAAAAGCAGGUAUUCCGGCUCCAGCUGUCUACUUCGUGGACUACAAGUACCACUGCAUCUUCUUGGAGGAAAUCGUUGGCUCCUCAACUCUGCGUGAUCACAUCAACUCCGUUCAGCGGUGCGACUCCUGCGCAGACCGAGGUCUGCAUGAGCUAGCCGAGAGAGUCGGUCAGAUCUUAGCCAAAAUGCACGACGAGAACGUCAUCCACGGCGACCUGACCACCUCCAACAUGCUGCUGAGACGCGGGCCAGAGGCCACGGAACCGGAGCUCGUCUUCAUCGACUUCGGCCUGAGUUACAUUUCGGCUUUGCCCGAGGACAAGGGUGUGGAUCUGUUUGUCCUGGAGAAGGCUUUUCUCAGUACUCACCCAAACACAGACGUGUUGUUUGAGAAGCUGCUAAAGAGCUACGCUGCCACCUCCAAGAUGUCGGCGGCAGUCAUCAAAAAACUUGACGAGGUACGGCUGAGAGGGAGGAAGAGGUCCAUGGUGGGGUGAUGAUGAAGUGGACGGACGAACACUUACUUUGAGGUUCAGACCAGUGGUCAACGAUUGGACAGGGUGAAGUUAUUAAUCUGUAUGUUGUGCUCUAAAUGAAAUAAGCAGACUUGUUAAUAAAAUGUUGCAAGUUA